AUGUCACUGUGUCAGAACAGACUCCAGGAAGAGCGGAAACAAUGGCGCAAAGACCACCCCUUUGGCUUCUUCGCCAAGCCCCAGCGUAAUGCUGCGACGGGAACGCUCGAUCUGAAGGUUUGGGAGUGUGGAAUCCCGGGAAAGGAGAAGACCAUCUGGGAGGGAGGCUUGUUUAAACUGACAAUCACAUUUCCUGAGGCAGGAUCGCAUAAUUUCACCGAACAAACCUUUGCUGACCUCUUUCCCCGACCAACAGAGUAUCCGACGAAGCCACCCAAGUGCAAAUUUGUUCCUCCCCUGUUCCACCCCAACGUCUACCCCUCCGGUACCGUAUGCCUGUCGAUCCUGAACGAGGAAGAGGCGUGGAAGCCCGCGAUCACGGUGAAGCAGAUUCUGCUCGGUAUUCAGAACCUGCUCGACGAUCCCAACCCGGAGUCGCCGGCCCAGGCUGAGGCGUACAGUCUUUUCAAGAAAGAUAAGGCGGAAUAUGAGAAGCGCAUCAAGCGCGUUGUGAGGGAAAAUCCGGCACCCUAG